GUGCUGCCCUAACCUCAUAUGUCACCUUCCAAGGUCAGCAGAUCAACGGGAGAGGCCCCUAUACAAUCAUAACUUUCAUGUAUCGGGCCGCCGUAAUCGGGUUAGCUACCAAGUAAAUGAGAGAAGAGAGGGGAGCUCUCCCAACAAGGAGCAGUCAUGAUAGCCAGUGACUGACCUGCGUCUAUCAGCAUGGAAUUGACAGUUCACGAUUCGCUGAUAAGAGACCACAUGAUAAGGCGGCACGUUCAAAGUCUCAAGCCUCAAUCUCCACCAAGCUAAGCCCAAGCCCAAGCCCAAGCCAGGCCAGGGGAGCUACCCCGCCAAAUCGGAGGGGAAUCCCCCUGCGUUUAGUCGUCAGCGCCCAAACCAAGGUGAAGGUGAAGGUGACGGUGUAGAAGUUGAUGUCAGGAGAAUAUGCAAGGAAGACGCUUCCGUUGUUAGCCAAGUUGUCUCUCAAGUUAUUGGCUGGUUUGGUAGUUUGCUCAAUGUCUCUGACUGUUUUCCCGUUUACUCAACUCCCUUUGUUUGUAAAUGGUUACACCCACCACACAUUGAUACGACAUUCAAGGACAAACAACCCUCUAAAGUCAUCCAUGGAUGCUGGUAUCAAUGCUUAUCCUCUUAUCCUCAUUCUUCUAGUCUGAUAAGGAUCACUUUCGCGGAAUCCGGCGUUCAAGUAUAGAAUCACGGAGGUCGCCGGGAGGCGGGGGCGGGGCAAUCGGGCUUCUCUCCCCGCUUAAUGCAUGCACUAGAAACACGCCUACCGUCCAACUGCCGCACUAACAGAACCCAAAACCGCUUGUUAGAC